AUUCCUACCAUUGAUCUUCACAACAGAAAUUUUUGCAGAGCAAUUAAAGAAAAACUCCAAAACUAUUUCCUUGAAAAAAAACAGAGCUCUUAGAAGAAAAGAGAAAGAGAAAAAAGAGUUAGAAAGAAAGAACAAGAGAGUUUAUGGCAAGCCGUGUUCCCCGUGGAAAUCUCCUGAAAAGCCUACGUUACUUCUCAAGGCCUCUAAACUCGGCGGCCUCUUCCUCGGCCUUCUCUGCUCCGGGCGUUCCGCCGCUCAAUUUCGCUGAGAAAUCUGAGACAUCCGCCGUCGCCGUCGCCGACGAAUUCCAAACUGGAAGCCCCGGUGUGUUCGACGUUUACAACACCGAGAAGCUUUUCUCUUCCAUUCCCACGACGAGGCUGCUGAGAGCGUCGGCGAAUCUCCACGUCGCGGCUAUCGAGCCGGUGGUGGACUUGGGAAUGUGGGUGAUGAAAUCGAAGCUUAUGGAAACGGAGUUGGUUAAGAACAUCGUUAUGGAGACAAUACGUCACACGUUUUACGAGCAUUUUUGCGCCGGCGAAGACACCGCAGCCGCCGGCAAAACGAUCUUGAAGCUUCGAGAAGCUGGUUUGAGAGGUAUGCUUGUGUACGCGUUGGAGUACGCUGCGGAUAACGAGUCAUGCGAUCGUAAUCUUGAUGGCUUUCUUCAAACCGUUGAAUCAACCAAGUCUCUUCCUCCAUCUUCUGCGAGUUUCAUUAUUGUUAAAAUCACGGCAAUUUGUCCCAUGAGUGUGUUGGAACGAGCUAGUGACUUGCUUAGAUGGCAUCACCAAGACCCUUCAUUUGAGCUCCCAUGGAAGCUAGACAGCUUGCCUAUUUUCGCAGACAAUAGCCCAAUGUACCAUACCCUUAAAAAGCCAGAACCAUUAACCCCAGAAGAAGAGAGAGACCUACAAUUAGGCUACGAGAGACUCCUCAAAUUGUGUCAAUCAUGUGCCGAGGCCAAUGUGCCUCUCUCGGUCGAUGCCGAGCACACUUCGGUUCAGCCCAUCAUUGAUUAUUUAACGUACGCUGCAGCGGUCGAGUACAACAAAAAUAAUAGCCCUAUUGUGUAUGGAACCAUCCAAGCUUAUCUCAAGGACGCAAAAGAUAGGUUGCUCCUGGCUGCAAAUGCCGCCGAGGAUAAGGGAAUCCAAAUGGGGUUCAAAGUUGUGAGAGGAGCUUAUAUGUCGAGUGAGACCAGAAUUGCUUCUUCUUUAGGCUAUGAAUCUCCUAUUCACAACACUAUUCAGGACACUCAUGACUGUUACAACGACUGUGCUUCUUUCAUGCUCGAAAAUAUCGCUAAUGGGUCCGGCGCUUUGGUGCUUGCCAGCCAUAAUGUUGAGUCAGGGAGACUGGCCGCGGUUAAAGCCCAUGAUUUGGGGAUUGGUAAAGUGAAUCAUAGGCUUGAAUUUGCGCAGCUUUAUGGGAUGUCAGAGUCGUUGUCGUUUGGUUUACGAAACGCAGGGUUUCAAGUGAGCAAGUAUAUGCCGUUUGGGCCUAUUGAUAUGGUGAUGCCUUAUCUCCUUCGUAGGGCUGAAGAGAAUAGGGGCCUCUUGUCUGCUUCCUCUCUUGAUAGGCAACUCAUGAGUCAUUAGGGAAAAAAACGGUGUGGAUUAACUCCCUCCGGAGUUCGGACUAAAAUGACGCGGUGAUCAUUUCACUUAUCCGACGUGUUGGAUUGGAUUGGAUCGGAAGAAGAUAUAAUUUGACCAUUCACUUCACUCAAUCAAGUCUUCUUUGAGACUUAUUGGCGAAGAAUCUGAGAGAGUGACCCACCUAGCUAGGUCAUUUGGUGGUGCGAAAAUCCUUUAACCCUUCUAGCCCACUUGGUUAGUAUUAAAUAUAAUCUUAACACUUGUUUUUUCUUUUUUUUUCUUUUUUAAUAGGACUGAAUUGAAGAGGAGACUCAAAGCGGCCAUUGUGGGAGCCUAGACACAUUAUCUCAACGGAGCACAUUUGAAUCGCACACACACGCACUACCAAUGUGUGUAAAUAUAGGAUAAUUUGUGUUGGUGGUGUGCUAAUUAGUAGUUCUUUAAUUAUGUUUGUUUAUGAGAAAAAGGAAAAAGGGCUACUUUCAUGUUGUGUAGCCUAAUGCCCCCGAAGUUUAAUAAUAAUAAAAGUAAACUACGUUAUUUAUUA